AGCAUUUUUACUCCGAGGGAGAGGUUUGUUUCAGUACUUGGCACCAAAUACGACUGCAGUGUGGAGAGAAUUGCUGGCAGGAGGUUUGUGUGAAGGAACUCGCCCUCCUACAGGGCACCCCAAAAUACAGAUCACCGUGAGCUCCUCUGGAGGCAGGGGUUCUGGUUCGCGUGUCCGUACGUCCUCCCAUCCCUGCUGGCACUUCCAGCAUCUCGUCACUCCGAGACCUACGGCUGGGUCAGAUCCUGGGGAGUCGUACCUGGUGAAAAAGCAGAAGUUCGACUAGCGUAAGAACAACUGCAGAAACAACGCGUUCAGUUCAGGAAGCUUAGUGACCGGAGGAUGCUCUGCUUAAAUAAUUAGGCUCCUUAUCCCGUCAGCAUGUCUGGUGGGGCAGGCUGGCUGCUUAAGCUAUGAUAAUCUUAAAACUGUCAAAGUCAGAUGCUUGUCUGACGCUACAAGAAUUUAAAGAACUGAACUGUAGAUAAGCGGGCAGCGCAGAAGCAGCCCUGCUCUCCCUGCCCCGCGAGAAGAGCUCCAUGAUUUCGUCUGACGGUAAGGAUAACUUCAUACUGUUAAUAAAAAUAAGACUUGAAAAUGCCAGCGGAUGAUGUAUGUUUAGGUAUAUUUCGAUCCCUUAAGGUUUCUGUGUUUUUUUUUCUACGUGUUUGCUCUUGUCUAAUGACGUCCACGUUACAAUGUUUUAUAUUUUUAGCAUGGAAGGUGUUGAAGCCACAGACAGAAGAGGAAUGUUUAAAAAUGUUAACUCAUAAAAUACAUGGGACAGGGUUUUAAUUCUUUAAAAACCCCUUGUGUAUUCAGAUUUAAGAUUCAAAUUUAUCUGAGUAUAGUUAUUUCCUACUAUUUUUGAGUUUUUAAAAAACGAUAGCCCAGAACAAAAGAGGGGUUGGCCAUGAGUUUCCGGGACUCAUUUGCAUCCUAUUCCCAGUGCAGUUCAGGUUCCUCAUGCUUUUAAGGCACACCUCCUUCCUCACAGGAAUUUGUUCGUCUGCCAGCCUUGAUGCGAAAGCGGGCAGGGCUGCCGUGAAGCAGAUGAGGUCAGAACCCUCGGCGGGGGUUGCUUUCUGGUGUAAGCUGGUGUUCACGACUGACCCUCUUUUAUUCUUGUCCAGUAGCGUUUUCGUUGUCAUCGCUCCUCACCACAAUGUAUUUUUUUUUUCUAAAGAGCAGUUUUGGGAAUUAACCCAUGUGGGAGCCUUUCCCAGAGCACAGUAUUUAUGCAGUGAAAUACAGUGAGAUAUGGUACCAUAAUCUCUCCAUAUUUUCUUCAUCACGGCUUCAGACGCAUUCACAACCCGUCUCCAUCCCUUAAAGCGGCAUUUAAAACCAAGUAAAGCCGUUCUAGGUGACGGACAAUGAGAUGCUCUUUUCCUUUGCACCUUUGUACCGCGCAGCUUUUGGGAAGAGCUGAUUUACAGCGUAAGCUGCAAGGAGGGUCUGUCCGUCUUGCAGGCAGGGGCUGCUGGAGCUGGAGAAAGCUGGGGGAAGGUGGCUUCGCUUACAGAUGUUUUCACGCGUUGUCUUUGUCAGUGCUGACGUGGAUUGUAACUUAGGCUGAGCCCUCUUAGGCUGGGGAGCAGAUGGCCUGGCUCCGCGCAGGCUCCCCACACGUUGCAUGUGUCGCGUGUUAGCAGCAGGACACGUGCGGGAGCCGCAAAGCUGGUUAGGGGCUCUGCCUGCGCUGCAGCCCCGGGUAUUAAAGGCUCCUGGCGGAAGCAGGUGAGUGACAACUCUUACAAUUCUGGUUAGAACAACUGAGUUGGGCUGAGCAAUUGUGCGUGUCGCUCUUCCUUUGCGAUCUAACGGCAGGUUGUUCAUCCUCUGCUAAUGUAAGAAAUGACCUUGAAUGCCAUUUCCCAUGGUAGACCCUUAUUUUUGCAUUAAACUAACAGGCAGCUUUCCUUGAUACCUUUGCCUGCUUAUUUUCUUUUUGUGGAGUGAUUAUCCUCAUUGUCGUAGAAGCCAUUUCUUUUUAAAGGAAAAAAAAAAGACCAGUAAAAGCACUUAGGGAUGUCACACCAAGUAUUUACUGUUUGUGUCCUGAGAAUGGCUGCUGAGAGCUGCUGCUUUGGGAUGAGCAGGCACGGGCUGCAGGUACUAGAGCUUGAUGGAUUACUGACCAUUAGCUCUUGUCGAUUGACAAUAUAUAAAGGAAAUUAUUUUGCACGCUGUUGUCGCUGGGGAACUGGGGAUUCGAGGCUCUGUGCAGCAAGCAGUGGCUUUUUACUAAAUUGAGACAUUUAUACAGAGCUGAUGACGACGGGAUUGCAGUAAUAUUUUCUGUGCCACCAUUCGCAGUUCAUCAGAAAUUUUCCUCUCCCCUGCUAUUUGUGAUCUAAAAAACAUCACCACACUUAAAAUGACUCGAUGGCUCUUAAAAGCUGAUCUGGCCUUAAAAUGGCUCAUUUGAAUCCCCCUAACAGCGAAGCUUGCCUGAUGCACCGGCCUCCUUGUUUAGCUCUCCGAGGGAUGCCCUCGGCUGAGCUCCCGCAGCCUGCUCCGGGUGAUGGCUUAGCAGCAUGCAGCCGGACAGAUGAGCGCCGUGACCACGGGCAGUCUCAGGCCACGCAGGGAGAGGAGACCUGUGAGGGUCCUUGGCUGCCGUUUCUGCCUCUGUAACUAGAAAAAGUGCUUGGUCUGUCCCCAGCUUGGGAAAGGGAGCGUGUGAUGGGCGGUGGAGGGAGAGGGAAAGGCAGGAGGAGGGAUGGAAAGCAGCAGGGCAUGCAUGGAGGUGGAAGGAGAGGAAACACUCAGGAUCUCUGCUAAAUUAAGCUGUAACUUUGCUCAGUCCUGCUGGCUCAAGCUCAGGAUAGCAAAGGUUACUUCAGACAAAUCUUCCAGCUAUCAGUAAUGAAGGUUUUGCAAAUCUGGGCAGUUUUUACUCAGCUGGCAGCAUCUCCAAGGCCUGCAUUUCUUUUACCAGUGUCACUUGAGAUAGCUCAUCUUUCUCUCCUUCCACCCAGCUUCAAAGGUGCCUUUUACAGUUUUGUUUCACCACUUCCUCCGGCAGCAAGAAAUCAGGCAGUGGCAAUGAGCUACCUGGAUGAAGUUCCGUUCCGGAUGGCCAGGAGCCUCGACGGGGACUCUGGGGGAGAAAACACAUUAAUCACUGCCCCGGGCAUCGACCUCCCCGACUGCGCCGACAUCCUCAUGAGCACCAUGCACGACUUCUCGCUGGAAAGAAAAGUGCUUUACUGGGUCGAGGUGGCCUCUCAGCAGCAAACCUCCCGGCAUCGGGUCACCUCCGAAGUUGUCCCCACGGCUCCGCCAUGCUGGCUGCUGCUGGUGGACCCUGCCGACCGCUACGGGGGGAGAGCGCGGGAUGGGGGGCUGCGGCGCUGCAUCAGCCUCAGCGCUGCCAACAGCAGAGACACCUUGUCCGACACCGAGAGCGAGACGUGGCACUCGGAGGAGGAUGAGUACUCGGAGGAUGAUGAGUACUCCUCGACCUCCUGGGAAGAGAACGACAAGGAGGAAAAAGUUUCCAGGAGGAGAAACUCUGGGAGAGCUGAGCCUCCACAUCCCAGCUUUUACCAGACCCGACCAAAGACAUCGCCCGGCUUGCUGGAGCCCUCACCGGAGAAUGACAACCACAACCCAGCCAGUCCAGAUGCAAGCAAGCAGAGAAGAUCCAUGGUGAUAUUUAACAACGUGAAGAAUGAGCUGGAAGUGGCCAGGAGGAAGCUGGCUGCUUUGGUGAAUCCUUUGAACAGAGCCGCUGCAGAGAGCAGAGGGGUCCCGGUGCCACGGCCGCUCCCCCAGGCCCCCCGCACCAGCCGCAGCGUCAAGUACGGGCCAGCCCCGGACGUGUCCCAGCUGGGGACCUUGGAGCCAGCUCCUCCGGCCGUGGCCACGCCGAUCCCUCCGAUCAAACAGCAUAAGCCCACGGUGCCGUCCCUGAGCCCCUACGCCUGCCUUCCCCCUGCCUCCACGCCUGCGCGACCUCUCAGUUCCCACAGAUCCCAGCAGGAUUCGGCGGCUGACCUGCUCUCAGCGCUGAGCCAAGAGGAGCGAGACCUCAUCGAGCCCGUCAUAGCCUUGGGCUACCCCACCCGCAAAGCCAUCCUCACCCUCCAGAAGACUGGAAGGCAAAGUUUAAGUCAGUUCCUGAGCUACCUGGGUGCCUGUGACCGGCUGCUGAAGCAGGGCUACGAGGAAGGGCAGGUGGAGGAGGCCAUGGAAAUGUUCCAAUACUCAGAGAAAAAGGCAGCUGAAUUCUUACAUUUGUUAGCUCAGUUUAACGACAUGGGUUUUCAGCAAAACAAAAUCAAAGAAGUUCUUUUGCUUUGUGGGAAUCAGAGGGAGAAGGCGCUGGAAGAGCUCGUGAUGAAGACCCAGUGACCAGCAUCCUGGACCCCAGUCACAGCUUCCCCCCUCCAGACCGGACCACCGAAGGACUCGGGUGGGUCAGCACGCGCUUCCCCUUCUGCUGCUCCGUCCCCACCCCGAGCAGCACGGCUCAGCGGGCACAAACCUUCAAAGCACCGGCUUGGUGUCUCAUCUUAUUUCAUGGACAUCCAUCAUAACUGUGUGUGUCACUGUUCUAAGGCAAAGGCUUUAUAGCAGGAGCGUUUAUCUCUUCACCCACACAUCUCCACCCUUGUUCAUGUCAGCUGUUCAGAUGCAAUAAGAUCCAAACCGCCUGCGGCUUAGAUUUUGCAAAACCCAAACCACAGUUUUCUCCCUCCACCUGGGGUGAUGGGUGUCGCGUUUUCAGCUACAGUCAAAUGUGGAUUCUUAAAAGAUUAUAUAAAUCAACAGAAGAAAUUGUUUUCAUAAAAGCUGAAGGCUCCUGCAGAAACAUUUGUCGGUCCUUGCUUUGGAAGAGUCUCAGCUGACUUAGUCAUGGUUGACUAUUGUAAUUGAGAUCCAGUCCGAUCGCAUUAGCUUCUCCUCUUAAAUCAGAAACUUGAGAAAAAUACACAUUUCAAUGCAGAUAAUAAAAGAAAGCAGGCUGCCCUUGCUCUAGAAAUACAUGAAGUUUAUCCAGUGCAAUGAAAAAUGGUUUAUGCAAGGGUUUGAGCUCGGGGAAUUUCAUGAAAUCACAACAGAGAGGCGGGGAACGGCUCGGCUGCCCGUGUGCUCUGCCUAAAACAGGAAUAAUCAGGGGGUGCUUCCCUAAACUGUGGGGACAGUGGCUCCAAGUGAAGUUAAUAUCAGGAUCAGGAAAAUCUGGAUGCCUGGGAGAAUUUUUGUAUGUAACUGAAGGACGGAGAAUGGGAGAUUUGGAUCACCUUACAGGAUGUGUCUCUUGGCUUGGCAGUGGAACAGUGGACAGUGUUUUCACAUAAAAGUAUAUUAUUUUCCCGCGAAUUAGAUACAGAUGUAAUUUCUUUGAGUAAAGAUGGUUGGAGGGCUUCUUCUGAAA